AUUUCAGUGACGAAGUAAGCUGGGAAUCGCAGGGUGAACCGCUACACAAAACAAGUGUUCUCGUUUCCCUGUGUUUGGUUGUGCUGUUGAUGUGUUGCAGUUGAAAACACAGUUUAUUCGUUCACCAUGCACAACAAUUCUAAUGGCGGAAAAAAUUUCGUGGCGGAAAGUAACCCGGGCAAGGAAACUAGACCGCAACAAGACCGUAAUGCAGUGGAAGGCGCGAAAAGCGGCGAACCGGCGAGUGAAGAGAUGGACCAGAGGGAAAGUGAACGCGACGAGCGAGAGAUCAGUGAAAAAGAAGAACAAGAAGCGUCCGAAGCGGCAGAAGAUUCGACUGAAGUUCCUGAACCAAACAGCACGGUGGAAAUGCUGCUGGAUACCGCGGAAGACAACGAUGACGGGGAGGAAAGCGUCAAACCAAUUGAUGCUCCUGAUGAUGACGAAGCAAUGAAAGAUGAACAGGCGGAAGAAGACCAACCUCCCGAGCCUAAGGACGAUGAUGCAGAUGCAGUGCUUCUCGAAGAGUUUAUUGAAGAGGAAGUUACGGAAGAGCAACAAACUGAAGCGGCACCGCGCAAGGAACGGACUAAGGUUGAGUUAGAUCUGUGCCGUGUUUGCAUGGGUGCGGAAAACCUGUCGGAUAUCUUCCAACUGGAAGGACCGGUGCGUAUCAGUGAUAUAAUCAUGAAGGUAUGCACCACCAUUCGCAUCACCGAGAGGGAUCAUUUGCCGCAUAAAAUAUGCGAACGUUGUCUGGGCCAGGUGCGGAUAGUCAACGAGUUCAAGGCUCGGUGCGAAGCAUCGGACAAGGAACUGCGGAAAAACCUCAAACGGAGCGCCAACAAAACUCGGCCAACGGGCGUGAUAGUCGUCAACUGUCCCAUGUCCGAAUCGGACAACGAGGACGAACCCAUCGAUGACGAUGAGUACCAAGUGUCCCAGUCUGAGGUGGAAUCGGAGCCGGUUACUUCCGAUGACAGUUUUUCUCCCCCAAACAAGCGUAAACGUACGCCGAAAAAGCGUGGGCGAAAACCGGCGCAGUACAAAACACCAGGCCGAAGAGGUCGACCGGGAAGAAAACCGAAGCACAUGGCGAUUUCUCCGGUGGUAGUUACUACGCCGAUAAAGCGUGGUCCUGGUAGACCACCCAAAAAUCCCAAAACGUCCACACUGUCCAACGUUGUGUACAUCAAGGCGCCGGUCGACUCAAGCUCUGAGUCGGAGGAGGAAGAAAUCGCGAAAGCGCGUCGAAGGCGCGGAGAACAUCCCUGUCCUAAGUGUGAUGAUGUGUUACCGAGUCAACUUGCACUGAAGCAGCACCUCAAGUCGCAUCCCGGAGACGUGUUCAACUGUGAGCGAUGCACACUUUGGUUCAAGAAGCAGCAAACGCUUCUCAACCACAUCGAGCGACAUAAGAAAGCAGACCGGAAACAGGAAGAGAAACGGAGGGAACGUGAACAGCGCCAGGAACAUAAGGAAUUGUACCGGAGGUCAGAAGUGGAUGGUCGACCCGGCAAUCCGCAAUUCACGUCUGUUAGCCCCGAAAAGAAAAAGAAACCGGAUCCGGCACCGGCCAGCAGCGGGAGAGACUUAUUCAAGUGCGUAGCUCCUCUCACGUCCACCUAUUGGAGUGAUAGUUUUUCAGAUUAAUUUUCACUUGCCGACAUCACAACGACGAGUCCCAAAACUCUGAUGUGCAAUUGAGGACUAGGAAAUUUCUUCAGAUAAUUUCAAACAAUAGAAUGUAAUUAGCGUGAGAAAAGGAGAUCAGAAUGUUUGUAGGUAAGGUAAUGAAGCCUAGUAACAAAGGCCAUCUAACAGUAGCAAUUUUAGUAGAUGAAAAGAACAAACCUGUUUUUUGUACGUAUAAACUGAAAACCAUGUUUUACAAUGUUAGUAGAUGCAUUAUUUUUUAAUCAAAUCAUUUGGUUUUCCGAAAUUUCAUCGUAUUUUAAUUGUAUUUUGGUACUGCUGCUCGUCUUUAGAAAACAUUUUGCAGUACUCUACAAUAUCAGGUUUUUCAAAACAGGAUUGUAGGGCCUUUUUCAUGACAUUGUCAUUCUGACUGCCAAUUAGAAUUUUCACAAGUACGGGUCCGUUCUUAUUUCGACGACCUUUAUCAAAGCAAAGUGAACUUGUCUUCAGGUGGGCAAGUCGAAAAGCAUUACAAUCAAAAUUAACCAUUUUCAGCAAAUGUCACGCCUUGAGCGAUAGGAAACAAAAUAACAUCAAUCCUUAUAAUUACUACAGUUGCGUGUUGUAAUAUUAAUGGGUAAAUAAUAAGUUGUUCGUUGGUUUGCCAGAGUUUAGUCAUACAAUUUUUUCUAAGAUAAUAUAAAAAUGGACACACAUAUUGGCACACCAGCUGUUACUCGCAAUCACUAGGCCUUUAUUGAAUAAUUAUAACUUUCUUAAUUAUUUUGGUCUGAAGGGUCGAAUAAUCCAUUCAACACAUUGAAGGUCAGAAAAACUAACAGGUUUAAACGGCAGAUGAAGAAGGUACCCGUCACACCUGUUGAACCGCUGAACCUUCACACGAUUUUCUUUACUCAGGAUUGGUAGCUUAAAUACAGUAAUGGUAAAAGUUUUAAGUUUUUCCAAACGUGCCUAACGUGGUUAAGCAUCGUUAUUGACAGGAGUCUACCGGAUUUCUAUGUGAAUGACUGAGGUAUCGACACUUAAAUUAGAGUAUCUAAUUUUGAGAACCGAAAGCCAACGUCAACUAACUAGUUUAAAAUCAAUAUUGAUCGAAAUGAGGAGGCCUGCUUCGAUGCUUAUUCGAUGGCUUCGACAUUCCGAGAAAUGUUUUUGCAAUCUGCCAAUCCAACAAAAUCAAUAGUCGAAUUCAUUCAGCCGAAUACGCAUGUUCGAUUAUUUUCAAAUAGGUCAUUAACGUUAAGUUUACACGUCAAAUAAUUUUUUACUCAUCUUUUUUUGAAUAUAUGCAAAUUAUACAUAAUCACCGCAAGCUUUGAAUGUUAGUUCAAACUAAAAAAAUUUUAUUGUAUAAUUUCGUUGUUUUUUGCUGUUUUUUCCUCAUACAUUACAUCAGUUUGAUCGAAGCGGGAUAAAUAACGUUGCAAACAAGCCACGGAGAGGCAAAUAUCGUUUGGCCAUCGCUAUUCCGAAAGCGUAAACUUGUGAAUCACGCGGAAAACAAAAUCCUUAGUCAACAAAAACGACAAAAAAAUUUUUUUGUUUGUUUCAAUAAGCCCAUCGGUUUGUCGGCCACAAAUUGUCGUGGGUGUAUAAUGCAAUGUAGUCGAAUGAUGAACAUGCGAGUAUAUGUGAGGAACACUUUUUUAUUAACCCAUUGAACAUUUUAGCUUGCUUGUAAUACAGUCAGAAUUAUUCAGAAUAUUACUAAGUCAGCUUGGCAGGGAAAAGUCCAUUUUUAUGAGUUUCAAUUAUAAAUCGAAGCAAAUUGUAUGUAACCAUGGAUGUCCUAUAGUGGCUAAGUUUAUUCACUCAAACAAUGUUGUACACAACGUCGUUUGCUUCAUUUGACCUGUACAAUAAAAUGCUUGCA